AUGCGAGUACCUUCCCCUGAGGCGGCGGAGGCUGCGGAAAGUGCGGGAGGAGGAGAGGAAGCGAAGGAAGCCGAGCAAACAAAAUUUCCAGUGAAUGAAAAAGAGGAAAGCAAGAAAGAUAACUCUGAAAGCACUGAAUGUUGCAAAAUAAGAACAAUGGAUCUCAAGUUCAACAACUCCAGAAAAUACAUCUCUAUCACUGUGCCACCCAAGACUCAGACAAUGUCACCACACAUCAAAUCAGUUGAUGACGUUGUAGUACUCGGCAUAAACCUCAGCAAAUUUAACAAACUUACUCAGUUUUUCAUAUGUGUUGCUGGAGUUUUUGUAUUUUACCUAAUCUAUGGAUACUUACAGGAAUUAAUAUUUUCAGUGGAGGGUUUUAAGUCCUUUGGCUGGUAUCUUACUUUAGUGCAGUUUGCAUUUUACUCCAUAUUUGGCCUAAUAGAACUUCAGCUUAUUCAAGACAAAAGGAGAAGAAUACCAGGAAAAACCUACAUGAUAAUAGCUUUUCUAACUGUGGGUACUAUGGGGUUAUCAAACACUUCCUUGGGCUACCUGAAUUACCCUACCCAAGUCAUCUUCAAGUGCUGCAAAUUGAUUCCUGUUAUGAUAGGCGGAGUUUUUAUCCAAGGGAAGCGUUACAAUAUUGCAGAUGUGUCUGCUGCAGUGUGUAUGAGCCUUGGCCUGAUCUGGUUUACUCUUGCUGACAGUACAAUUGCACCAAACUUCAACCUGACAGGCGUGAUGCUUAUUUCCCUGGCACUCUGUGCAGAUGCAGUCAUUGGAAAUGUUCAAGAGAAGGCUAUGAAACUCCAUAAUGCUUCUAAUUCUGAAAUGGUUUUGUAUUCUUAUUCAAUUGGUUUUGUAUACAUUUUAUUGGGACUGACCUGCACUAGUGGAUUAGGCCCUGCAGUAACAUUCUGCUCAAAGAAUCCAGUCCGAACCUAUGGCUAUGCUUUCCUCUUUUCCCUCACUGGGUACUUUGGAAUAUCCUUCGUCCUGGCUCUGAUUAAAAUUUUUGGUGCACUUCUUGCUGUAACAGUGACAACCGGAAGAAAAGCAAUGACCAUAGUACUUUCAUUUAUAUGCUUUGCUAAACCAUUCACAUUUCAGUAUGUAUGGUCUGGUCUAUUAGUUGUCCUUGGUAUUUUUCUCAAUGUUUACAGUAAAAAUAUGGAUAAAAUACAACUCCCCUCACCGUAUGAUCUGGUAAGCAGAGCAGGGGGAGUGAGGAAAUCAAGGACACUGGCACAAACCAUAUAGGCAUGGAUUCAUCUGUUUAAAAUAGAACUUAACAGGAACAAUCAUUCAUUAACUUCCCAAGAGGAUUGCUAUAAAACCAAAGGAUCUGAAGGCACACUGUCUAUCAUAGAUGGAUUACAUAUGAAGUAGUUUCAUUGCCUCUACUUUUCCUCAGAACAUUUCUUGGACUGACUUCUGAAGCACUCAAGAGCACCUAGCACGCCCUGCAGGAAAAUGUCGGUAUGAAGGACUAAACUUCUCUUGAAAAUUCCAGUGGUCCAGGACCAUGUUGCCAGACUGAAUAUCAAUUUGACAUAUCAGUUGAUAUGUAAUGUACACUGUUUUACCUUUAUUCCAUUUUGUUUUGUUAUUUAAAUAGAUUCUCUGUUAUAAGAGUAAACUGAUUAUUUAAAGCCUGGGGAGAAUAGCAUCCACUAUAAAUAAAAUUAUUCUGUGAUUUUUUU